AAAUGAAUAGUGUUCUGAGUCUCAAAACCUUAAAAUUCACUAUUCAUAAGGCUUGUGAAAUCUCAACCCUCCAUCUCUCCUCCCAUCUGAACCACACGUUUCCUUUCUUUCCCUCCUCUUCUCCACGUCUCUCAAUCUCUCUCCUACCAUCCAUCCCCUUUCCUCUUCGAAAUUGAAACCCUAGACCUGCACUUCCGCUUCCACCAAUGGCGAUUCCUCUUCUUCGCCAUCUUCUUUGGUCGCUUUGAUCCCUCUCAGGCAAAGACGAUGAAGAAUACGGCGACAUCUCCGGCUAUAAAACCCGGCGAUAGCUUAGGGUUUGACUACCUUCCUAUCAAUCCAUCAUCCAUCAACUCUCGAAAAUGAUGGAACCAUCAUUUUCUUACAAUUGUUCGCGCCCAAAUGAAAAUCACGUCGUCCACACCAGUUCAUACGGUCUUCUUUUUUUUAAUAAGGAAAACUGUGAUGAGGAACACAGGAGGAAGAAGAAGAGAAGUUGGGUGAUGGUUCCAGGAAGGAGACCGAAGGAAGCAGGAAGAAGGAAGAAGAAGAGAAGUUGGGUGAUGGUUCCAGGAAGGAGACCGAAGGAAGCAGGAAGAAGGAAGAAGAAUGGAGGAGGACAGGGAGAACUAUUGGUUAAAAGAAAGGAACUCUUUACGCCAUCUGUGGGGUUCGAAUUCGAAAAUGCAACAAGUAGCUUGAUGGGCAUGCUUACUGGAAGAUUUCUUGUUGGAAUUGGCAUGGGACUUGGCCCAGCUGUUGCAGCUCUAUAUGGGGCUGAGGUUGCACCAACAUAUGUUAGGGGUACAUUUGGAAGUUUCACUCAAAUUGCGACGUGCCUGGGACUUAUGGCUUCCUUUUUAAUCGGCGUUCCUGCAAAAGAAACUAAAGAUUGGUGGCGUGUUUGUUUCUGCGUACCUGUGGUUCCUGCUGCAUUACUUGCUAUCUCAAUAGAACUUUGUGCAGAGAGUCCUCACUGGCUCUUCAAGUCUCAGGCGCUCGAGAAACCAGGACGAGAGGUUUUUGGCAUUGGCUUGGCAGCACUAAACUAAGAGAAUGAGGUAAAUGUAGUUGAAACGAAAUUAGGUCACAAUAGAUAUCUUUAGAGAUGUUAGAGCUUUAAAAAGGUUACUCUAUCUUGUGUCCAUUGUUCAUAGGAUGGGCCUUGUUGGCCAAGCAGUUCAAAAAGACUUUUUUUAUUAAUUUAAAAAUGCAUUUCUUCUAUUAUGAAUUUUGCUUUGUCGAACUUAUGUAAGCUCUCUCUCUUUCUACUUUUGUUGAUGUUUGAGAUGUUAUUUAAGUGAUAGUUGCCAAUGCAUUGUACAGAAUGAUAGACUUCUCUUUUUUAUAUAUUUGAGUUUGUAGCAAUUUCUUUGUAGUUUGGAUAAUUAUGACAUAAAGAAAGAUCGAUUUGUUACUUACCUCAACCCUACAUGUGUUUGUUUUUCAAUCAUUUUGUAAUGUUGGAUAAAUUAUUAGAGCUUGUAAUGAUGGGUUGAUUGUCAUGGAAAAGAUAUGACGAUUCGUAAGCCUAUGUCUAUGUUUGAUCUCUGAUAUAUGUGAUUGAAUUUGAAACAGGGUUUCGGGUUUCAAUUAUAUAAAAGGAAAGCUAGGAUAUAAAAGUCAUAUACUAGCUUUCCUUUUGGUAUAUGUGAUUGAAUUUGAAACAACUUUGAUUAUUAUAGCAUAUUAGUCAUAUACUUCUCAACCUUCAGUCGUAGCACCCUGCUCUAGCACUAAGGCUUCCUAAUUUGUGAUUCAUGGUAUUUUCUAAUUCUUUAAGGUUGCAUGUAAGACUAUUCUUCUCUCUUUAAUAUGCGUCUGAUGCUCCAAUUCUCUCUUAUCCUCAGUUAGUUUGCAACGAAAGAGCGAACACAUAAUAGGGCAUAAUGUCAUAUGAGAUUUGGUUGAUUGAAAGCUUACUAUUUUAAGCCAGAAUCAGCAGUAGUGGGAAAAUAGGAUAGCUCUAGAGAGAGAGAUAUGGCAGUAAAUAAAUAGAGGAGCGUAGGAAUUGGGUGAUUCAUUCAGAAAUCGAGAGUAAUCUUAUUUUAUGGGAGAGUUCCGGGCUUCGAGGCUCUUUAAAGUUGCGAAAACUAUUUGGUUACCAUUUUAACCAAUAUUAUAAUCUACGUUCUUAUCUAAUAUACUUCUGUUCUUCCUAUUAUCCUUUCUCUUUUGUUUGCUUGUUGAAAGGUGCUAAUUUUAACAUGUUCUUGAAUAUUGACCAUUGUUGUGUAAAGCUGUUGUGUUUGUCUUCCCAGUUCAUAACAUCUUCAAUGUCAAGGUACAAAUUUCAAGAGGGGCAUUUCGUGUCACCCACAAACACGAUGUCAAG